AAAGUUUUUGGAGGAAGAUCGACACUGAACUUUUUUGAGAGUGGGCGAAAGAGAUGACCCUGUCUGGAGGCACCGAGAGAGCCAGCGACAUGUCCGGCCAAACUGUCCUCACCGCGGACGACGUGGACAUCGACGUGGUCGGUGAAGGAGACGACGAGUGCGCGGAGCACAGCGACUGCGAGAGCCCCGGGAUCAUGCACGAGCUCCGCGGGGACGACGAGGACGAGAUCGAGGUGGAGGAGAAGGAGGAUGAAGAUGAGGAGAUGAUGAUGAUGCGGUCCGGCGGCGGGAGUCCCGAGCCCGGCAAGACGGGCAGCGAGGGUCAGGAGCAGGGCGCCGCGUCAGUCCAGAAGCCCAAGAGUAGCCUGGUGAAACCCCCUUACUCCUACAUCGCCCUCAUCACCAUGGCGAUCCUGCAGAGCCCCCAAAAGAAGCUGACCCUCAGUGGCAUCUGCGAGUUCAUCAGCAACCGCUUCCCGUACUACCGGGAGAAGUUCCCGGCGUGGCAGAACUCCAUCCGGCACAACCUGUCCCUCAAUGACUGCUUUGUGAAAAUCCCCCGGGAGCCCGGGAACCCCGGCAAGGGCAACUACUGGACCCUGGACCCCGCAUCUGAGGACAUGUUCGACAACGGAAGCUUCCUCAGGCGGAGGAAGCGGUUCAAGCGGGUCCAGCCGGACGUGCUCAGGGACCAGACCGCGCUGAUGAUGCAGAGUUUCGGCUACAGUCUCGGAGGUCCGUACGGGCGGCACUACGGCAUCCACCCGUACUCGCACCCCGCAGCUUUGCAGUAUCCCUACAUCCCCCCUGUCGGACCCAUGCUGCCUCCCGGGGUCCCGCUCCUGCCCUCCGCGGAGCUCAACCGGAAAACCUUCAACUCCCAGCUGAGUCCGAGUCUGCAGCUUCAGCUCAGCAGCCUCAGCACCGCGUCCAUGAUCAAGUCAGAACCGUCCAGCAGACCCUCGUUCAGCAUAGAGAACAUCAUCGGCGUGUCAAGCGCGUCGUCGUCCACACCGGGGGCUGCGCAGGCCUUUCUGCGGCCUCCCGUCACCGUCCAGUCGGCCUUGCUCAGCGCCCAGUCGCUCAGCCUGACCCGGACCUCGGCAGCCAUCGCACCCAUCCUCAGCGUCCCCUCAAAUAUCAUCUCGGGACACGUCUUGCCUGCGUCGACCGUGUCCAAAUGGCCUUCACAAUGACUUUAGAACUAUCUCUAUCUCUCUCUCUCAUUUUUUAAAACUGAAACUGUGGGAAACAAAUCAAAAAGGCAGCACUGGACUCUCAGAGAUUUAAAAAGGAGAUAUUUCUG